CAAAUCGAGCUCCGUUGGCAGGAGUAGUCACCUUCGGCGUCAUCUUCAAAAUCUGCAGUAAAUUGCUCUCUUUUUGCACGAUCGUUUUAACCAAGCCAAAUUCAGCAUGUCCUUUGAUCACAAGAAUGAUGACAAGCUCUCUUUUGAGACUUCUGAAAGCGUCAAGGUGAUGCCCACCUUUGAUGCUAUCGGUUUAAAAGAAGACUUACUCCGUGGUAUCUACGCUUACAACUUUGAAAAGCCCUCAGCUAUUCAACAAAGAGCUAUCAUGCCCAUCAUCAAAGGCCGUGAUGUCAUUGCACAGGCUCAGUCCGGUACUGGUAAAACAGCUACUUUCUCUAUUUCCGCUCUACAAGUAAUUGAUACCACCAUUAGAGAAACCCAAGCUUUGAUUUUAUCCCCAACACGUGAAUUAGCUACACAGAUCCAAAGUGUUGUGUUAGCACUUGGCGAUUAUAUGAGCGUGCAAUGUCACGCCUGUAUCGGUGGCACCAGUGUAGGUGAAGAUAUUCGAAAAUUAGAGGCUGGUGUCCAGAUUGUUUCUGGUACACCUGGCCGCGUGUAUGACAUGAUUCGCCGUCGUACUCUACGUACCCGAAAUAUCAAAAUGCUGAUUCUUGACGAAGCUGACGAACUUUUAAACCGUGGAUUCAAAGAUCAAAUUUAUGACGUUUAUCGUUAUCUUCCACCUGGAACACAGGUUGUUAUUCUCUCAGCUACGCUACCACAUGAUGUUUUAGAAAUGACAAACAACUUUAUGACAGAUCCUAUCCGUAUCCUUGUUAAACGUGAUGAAUUGACUUUGGAGGGCAUUAAACAAUUUUUUGUUGCCGUUGAAAAAGAAGAAUGGAAAUUCGAUACAUUAUGUGAUUUAUACGAUACUCUAACUAUUACACAGGCAGUUAUUUUCUGCAAUACUAGACGAAAGGUUGACUGGCUAACAGAAAAGAUGAGAGAAGCAAAUUUUACGGUUUCAGCUAUGCACGGCGAAAUGCCUCAAAAGGAGCGUGAUGCUAUUAUGCAGGAAUUCCGUCAAGGAGCUAGCCGUGUAUUGAUCACGACUGACGUGUGGGCUCGUGGAAUUGAUGUGCAACAAGUUUCGUUAGUCAUUAAUUAUGAUUUACCUUUCAAUCGUGAAAAUUAUAUUCAUCGUAUUGGUAGAUCUGGUCGUUUCGGACGUAAGGGUGUUGCAAUUAAUUUUGUUAAAAACGAUGACCUCAAGAUUCUACGUGAUAUCGAGCAAUAUUAUAGUACACAAAUCGACGAAAUGCCUAUGAAUGUUACCGAUCUUGUUUAGAUUGUACAAUUUAAAGCACCACGCUUUCACAUAUUCAAAACAUUUUCCAAUUUAAUCAACUGCAGAAAUUUGUUCUACUUCUUCAAAAAAUAAACAACUCCAUCCCACGCAACGUGAAUUCGUGUGUUAGGCUCACAUACCAUGUAUAAUACAACAUCUGUAAAUGAAGAAUAGCUAGCAGUUAAAGAAUCUCUGUCCAU